AUGUACGUGAUGAUGAGAGGUCUGAUUUAUGGCGUCCCGGCGGAAACUCGCUGCGAGUUGGACGGAUGUGGCGAGAUCAGACCUCCACCUCGCCGAGCAGCAGGAGGAGGAGGAGCAGGACUAGGAGCGGGACUGGGAGGACUGGGAGGACUAGGAGGACUAGGAGCAGGACUAGGAGGAGGAAGUGCGGCGGCCCCUGGAGCUGCUGGACCUGCUGCAGCUGCUGGACCUGCUGCAACCGGAGAUUUAUCAGGACUCAUCCAGGCAGGUCAGCAGUUUGCUCAGCAGAUGCAGCAGCAGAACCCCGAACUCAUCGAACAGCUGAGGAGUCAAAUCCGCAAACCGAACGCCCAGCGCUGGAAACGAGGAGCAGCCAUGACACUCAGGUUGGAGGAGAAGAGCUCAUCAUUUGGAUCAUUUAUAACUCGAAGGACUUGUUUUGUUUCACUGAGUAAAACCUGCACGAGAGAACGAGAGGCCUCCCGCUUCCUUCAGGAGCCCCGUCACCGAAAAAAAACAACACCCACUUCCUGCGGUUCUGUGCGUUUUUUUUAGGAAGAACAUUUCGACUUAAAUAUCAAACCCAGAUUAUUAAUUCUAAUAAACGCGCUCUAAUAGGAACAGGGAUCCCAGAUGUUAAACGUGAAGCUUGAAAUUUCUUCUUAAAACUACACAGUGUACCUUUAAAUGCAAAGUUGUGUCCAGUACCUUGUUUAUGACGAGUGUGUGAGCGAGUGAAAGAGUGUGUGAGUGCAUGUUGGGGGUAAAUUAGUGUGCGUGGCGGGGUGAACUCCUCGGACAGGAAGCGACAGAGUCUGGGAAUUAAAAAAAAGCAUCUCAACAUUUUA